CGGUUCUAUUUGUAUCCUUAAUUUGCAAACCAAAGCAAGGGGAACAAAAUCAGAGCACUGCUCAUAAAAAGGGACGCCCGGGAGCUGGAACACCAGGCGCGCCAACGCUUUGGGCAUCGAACCAGGAUCAAGGAGUACCCGUAGCCGUAGCGAAUGGAGGGCAGCGGUGCUGAUACAGACGGCAACGAGUUCAAGAAUGCAAAGGAGAUGUGGAUGGAGCAGGUCGGAGAUACCACUAAGCGUACCCAGUGGUAUCGUGAAGGCGUAGGGUAUUGGCAAGGUGUAGAGGCAUCGGUGAAUGGGGUUUUGGGUGGCUAUGGCCAUGUUAGCGACGGCGAUAUCUUGGGCAGUGAAGUCUUUCUCAAAUCGAUUUUGGCCGAACGUUUCCCUCUUGCUGGAAAAGACCGCCCUCUUGUCGCUCUUGAUUGUGGUUCUGGCAUUGGGAGAGUCGCGAAGAAUCUUCUUAUCAGAUAUUUUAAUGAGGUUGAUCUUCUUGAACCUGUAUCACAUUUCCUAGAGGCUGCCCGUGAAAGCUUGGCUCCUGAAAAUAAUGGGGCCUCUGAUCUGCACAAAGCCACUAACUUCUUUUGCGUGCCGCUACAGGAAUUCACGCCAGAUGCAGGAAGAUAUGAUGUUAUUUGGGUUCAGUGGUGUAUUGGACAUCUCACUGAUGAGGACUUUAUCUCGUUCUUUAAAAGAGCCAAGUUGGGCCUAAAAGCUGGCGGAAUUUUCAUUCUGAAGGAAAAUAUUGCAAGAUCUGGAUUCAUAUUAGAUAAAGAAGAUCGAAGCAUCACAAGAUCUGAUCCAUACUAUAAAGAUCUAUUCAAUCAGUGCGGACUCUAUCCAUUUAAAUCAAGGGACCAAAAGGGAUUUCCCGAGGAAUUAUUUCCUGUGAAGAUGUAUGCAUUAACUACGGAGGUGCCCAGGAGGAUUUCUCGUACCAGAAGGGAACAAAUCAAUAGACCUGGAGUUAUCAAGUGAGGAUCUUGAUCCCAUUUCUAUCCUUUCUGAAUGAGACAGUUGCUGUGAUUUGGCUAGCAAUGAUACAUUUGUGUUCGGUUACUUUUGAACCUUAUUUGUUUGUACAGAUUUCAUGUUUUAGAUAUCUUGAAGUGAUAAGUAUGACCUCUCUUAGUCUUUGUUAACUGCCUGUUAUUGAUUGUUGAAUACUCUCGUUUGAAAGAUAUGAACAAAAGAAAA